AUGUCCAUGGACGUUUCGUCAGCCCAACAGACACUCAGACGGACCUUGUUAGGCCACGGCGCCUGGAUGCUGUUGUCAAGCCUGGUUGGAGGCCUGGGACUCUGGUGUUUCAUUCUUGGCGGGUUCGAGAUCAUACCAGGCUUCAUUGUCAAAUUUUCUCUGCCUGGAAGCGAGCAGGGCUGGGUGAGGUGCCACACUGGCCCGGUUGCAAACGCUCUCAUGGUCAUGGGCACUGGCCUUGCCAUUCCACACCUCGAACUUCCAGAUGGUCUCGCAGAGAAACUGGGGUGGAUUGUCAUGAUGGAUGGUUGGUCCAAUGUGGGGUUCUAUUUCUUUGGCAACAUCUCGCCAAACCGCGGACUGGCUUUUGGAACCAGUCGACUGGGCCCGUCCAAUAUUUUCAGCAUUCUCGCACUCGGCCCGGCCUACUUUUUUGGUGUUCUGGCCAUGGGCGCGUUCGCAGUGCUCGGCUACCAUGCGCUGUACGGGCCAUCGCACACCAAACCAACGCUCCGCAAAAGCCACUGA